UGAUUGGCCGUGCUUGGGCGGGCCGCCGGGGGCGAGACCCCUCCUCCCAUAAGGUCUAGGGGGCGCCCCAGAGGGAGGGCGGUCGCCUAGCAACGGGGCGGUGGCUCCGCGGGUACCCGGCCUAGCGAGCGUGAGAAGCCGCGAGGCCGCAGCCCGCCCACCCUGGGCUCCGGAGAGGCGCAGCCUCCGGCCCCUGAGCCCUCCCGGGGGCGCCGGGCAGCCGCCUUGGGCCUGCCCCAGGAAAGCGCGGUCUCGGCCGCGGGGGGCCUCGAGCGGGCGUCGCCCCUCUUCCUGGCCAAGGAGAGAGGCCCGGCGCCUCACCCUCACCCCGUCUUUGUGCAGGGCGCCGGCGGCCAUUGUGUCCGGGCGGGGAAUGGAGGACCCGGCGGUCCCCCCCCGCCACGUCCGGGGCCUUUGGGGGAUUCAGAGAAAACCAGCGGCGCUCGUGGGGGGUCUCCGGCCUUCAGCCUCCCGGAAGGGCCCCGAGGUGGCCUUCCCGAAGUCCGAUCGCAGACCCGAGGCGGUUUCCCUCUCCCUGCGCCCCUCGUCGGAACCCUGAACCCCGUCGAGAAGUCCCUUUGGGGUUUCGGAAGCCUCGCCCUGGGCUGGUACUUAAAUUAAAAAAAAAAAAAAAACUAGCUCCACCAGCCGCCUCCGGGAGAGUUCUCCUGGCUCCCAGUAGGAGGCGGAGAGCCAAGGGGCGUGCAGAGCGAGGGGGCUGGGCUCCCGGUGGCAGGAGGCCGCGGCUGCGGAGCGGCCGCCCUCGAUCCGGCGAUGGAGGAGGAAGCGAGCGAGGGGGCCGGUUCCUGAGCUUCGCAAUUCCCGUGUCGCCUUCUGGGCUCCCAGCCUGCCGGGUCGCAUGAUCCCUCCGGCCGCAGCUGUUUUCUCUGCCAGCCGCCGCGAAGCCGGCUGAGUUACCGGCGUCCCGGCCGCCGCCUCCUCUCCCGACCUAGGAUACAAAAGAUCUUCCGGGGGCUGCACCUGCCUGCCGUCGCCCGAGGCGGAUUUGAAUCUCUUUCUCUCCCUUCAGAAUCUUAUCUUGUCUUUGGAUCUUAGAAGAGACUCACUAAGCAGAGGCCAGACUCAGUGAGUGAGCAGGUGUUUUGGACAAUGGACUGGCUGAGCCCAUCCCUAUUAUAAAAAUGUCUCAGAGCAACCGGGAGCUGGUGGUUGACUUUCUCUCCUACAAGCUUUCCCAGAAAGGAUACAGCUGGAGUCAGUUUAGCGAUGUGGAAGAGAACAGGACUGAGGCCUCAGAAGGGACUGAGUCGGAGAUGGAGACCCCCAGUGCCGUCAAUGGCAACCCAUCCUGGCACCUGGUGGACAGCCCCGCGGUGAAUGGAGCCACUGGCCACAGCAGCAGUUUGGAUGCCCGGGAGGUGAUCCCCAUGGCAGCUGUGAAGCAAGCGCUGAGGGAGGCAGGCGAUGAGUUUGAACUGCGGUACCGGCGGGCAUUCAGUGACCUGACGUCCCAGCUCCACAUCACCCCAGGGACAGCGUAUCAGAGUUUUGAACAGGUAGUGAACGAACUCUUCCGGGAUGGGGUAAACUGGGGUCGCAUCGUGGCCUUUUUCUCCUUCGGCGGGGCACUGUGUGUGGAGAGCGUAGACAAGGAGAUGCAGGUAUUGGUGAGUCGGAUCGCAACUUGGAUGGCCACUUACCUGAAUGACCACCUAGAGCCUUGGAUCCAGGACAACGGCGGCUGGGACACUUUUGUGGAACUCUACGGGAACAAUGCAGCAGCUGAGAGCCGGAAGGGCCAGGAGCGCUUCAACCGCUGGUUCCUGACGGGCAUGACCGUAGCUGGCGUGGUUCUGCUGGGCUCGCUCUUCAGUCGGAAAUGACCAGACACUGACCAUCCACUCCCCUCCCACUCUGCCCUGCCCGCACCACUUCCCUCCGUCCAGCCGCCAUUGCCACCAGGAGAACCACUACAUGCAGCCAUGCCACCCACCCACCCGUCACAGGGUUGGCCCCAGACCUGGUCCCCUGCAGUUAGUCUUCUAGAAUUUACCACACUUCUGUGAGAGCCACUUUCCCCACACCUUAGUUCGCUUGGCCUCAAAAUCCACAGUUUCCCCCAAAUGCACCCCACCUGGGUUGGCAGGUAUGGGAGGGCUUGUGGCGGUGGACAGGAGAGCUCUGCGUGGCAGGUGGAACCCUACCCCUUAGCCACUGCAGAAGUGUUUUUCUGCCAGGGAGCUGGAAAGUUUUCAGAACCUCUUCCCCAGGAAGCGAGACUAGAUUGCCUUUGUUUUGAUGUUGUGGCCUCAGAAUCUACCAUUUCCCAUCUCCUCAGACUUGAGCUUCCCAUCCCCCAUCCCCAUCCCCGUCCCCAAGAGCCAUUUAGGGGCCACUUUUGACUGAUGAGGGAUUCAGGCAGCUUAGGAUAAAAGCAAGAACCAGGACUCCCUCCCCACCUCUGGCCUGACCAGAGUCCCCACUCCCUGUCUGAAUGUCCUCCAGAUGCCUCUGGCCAGAGGCCAGUCCCACCCAGGAGGGAGGGGGCCACAGCUGCAGGAAGCACCCCAUGCCAAAGCUAGGGUGGCCCUUGCAGUCGCCACCACCCAGUCCCUUCUCCUCCCCUGGCUCCAUAACCAUGACCGAGGGACCAACUGGGCCCAGGACAGGUGUGGCAGAGCUGUUUGCAGCCUCAGCUGCCUCACUUCCGGCAAGGAGAUCAGCCGGUGGCAUCUUCGCCUUGGGCUGCUGCCCGUGAGGCCCAAGGGUUCAGGCCCAAGGAGAGCUGUGGGGAGCAGCUGUGGGAGCCCCAGGGUCUUCCCUACCUCAGGCAGGAAGGGCAGGAAAGAGAGCCUGAUGCGUGGGUGGGGGUGGGGCCGACUGGAGGGGCCAGUUCUGCCUGGCCAGGCGGAUUUGUGCCCCAUCCCCAUCCAGCUUGGGCAGCCGGGCUGCCAAGGCCAGAGUGGCCUGGCCAGAGCCCCUCCAGCCUCCCUGUCUCAUCUGCUCCUCUCUUGGCCUGUCUCAUCCCUGGGGGUCCCAGCCUAGUCCCGGCCACCCUGGGCUCUCUGCUGUACAUAUUCGAGACUAGUUUUUAUUCCUUGUGAAGAUGAUAUACUAUUUUUGUUAAGCGUGUCUGUAUUUAUGUGUGAGGAGCUGCUGGCUUGCUGUGCGCGUGCACGUAGAGAGCUGGUGCCCAGAGAUUGGACGGCCUGACGCUCCCUCCCCUGCCCUGGUCGGGGAAGCCGGCCAGGGUCCUGGCUCCCGAGGGGCACCUGUCCCUCCCCUACCCCACCCCACACUUGUUCCAGCUCUUUGAAAUAGUCUGUGUGAAGGUGAAAGUGCAGUUCAGUAAUAAACCGUGUUGACUCAGUGAA